CGGGAGGCGGCGGAGCGGGGCCGGGCCGGGCCGGGCCGGGCCUGGCAGAGCCGAGCCGAGCCGAGCCGAGCCGGGCCGAGAUGAACGCGGUGCUGGCGGUGAAGCAGUACGUGGCGAAAAUGAUCGAGGACAGCGGGCCGGGCAUGAAGGUGCUGCUGAUGGACCGCGAGACGACCGGCGUGGUGAGCAUGGUGUACACGCAGUCGGAGAUCCUGCAGAAGGAGGUGUACCUCUUCGAGCGCAUCGACUCCUUCAACAGGGAGCCGAUGAAGCACCUGAAAGCCAUUUGCUUCCUGCGCCCCACCAAGGAGAAUGUGGAAUAUCUCAUUCAGGAGCUGCGGAGGCCGAAGUACAGCAUCUACUUCAUUUAUUUCAGCAACGUGAUCAGCAAGAGUGACAUCAAGUCCUUAGCUGAGGCUGAUGAGCAGGAAGUCGUGGCAGAAGUCCAGGAAUUCUACGGAGAUUACAUUGCUGUGAAUCCCCACGUUUUUUCUCUCAACCUCCUGGGCUGCUGCCAGGGCCGCACCUGGGAUCCAGCCCAGCUGGCCAGGACGACUCAAGGGCUGACUGCUCUGCUGCUGUCUCUGAAGAAAUGCCCCAUGAUUCGCUACCAGCUCUCAUCUGAGCCGGCAAAGAGGCUUGCCGAGUGCGUGAAGCAAGUGAUCACUAAGGAAUACGAGCUGUUCGACUUUCGGCGCACGGAGGUUCCUCCGCUGCUCCUCAUCCUGGACCGCUCCGACGAUGCCAUCACCCCGCUGCUCAACCAGUGGACGUACCAGGCCAUGGUUCACGAGCUGCUGGGGAUCAACAACAACCGCAUCGACCUCUCUCGCGUGCCGGGCAUAAGCAAGGAUCUCCGGGAGGUGGUCCUGUCCGCCGAGAACGACGAGUUCUACGCCAACAACAUGUACCUGAACUUCGCCGAGAUCGGCAGCAACAUCAAGAACCUCAUGGAGGAUUUCCAGAAGAGGAAACCCAAGGAGCAGCAGAAGCUGGAAUCCAUAGCGGAUAUGAAGGCGUUUGUGGAGAACUACCCGCAGUUCAAGAAGAUGUCCGGCACGGUGUCGAAGCACGUGACGGUGGUGGGCGAGCUCUCCCGCCUGGUGGCCGAGCGCAACCUGCUGGAGGUGUCGGAGGUGGAGCAGGAGCUGGCCUGCCAGAACGACCACUCCAGCGCCCUGCAGAACGUGCGGCGCCUGCUGCAGAACCCCAAGGUGACGGAGCUCGACGCCGUGCGACUCGUGAUGCUCUACGCCCUGCACUACGAGCGCCACAGCAGCAACAGCCUGCCGGGGCUGCUGGCGGACCUCAGGAACAGAGGGGUGCCAGACAAGUACCGAAAGCUGGUGUCUGCUGUUGUGGAGUACGGAGGGAAACGGGUCCGGGGCAGUGACCUGUUCAGUCCCAAGGACGCUGUGGCCAUCACCAAACAGUUCCUCAAAGGUCUGAAGGGUGUUGAGAAUGUGUAUACCCAGCACCAGCCUCUCCUGCAAGAAACACUAGACCAGCUCAUCAAAGGGAAACUCAAGGACAGCCAGUACCCCUACCUGGGGCCCAACACUCUCCGGGACAGGCCCCAGGACAUCAUCGUCUUCGUCAUCGGAGGGGCGACCUACGAAGAGGCGCUGACCGUCUACAACCUGAACCGCACCAACCCGGGGGUGCGCAUCGUCCUGGGGGGCACCACGAUCCACAACACCAAAAGCUUCCUCGAGGAGGUUACGGCUGCGGGGUUCCGUGGCCGAAGCACCGAGAGCUCUCAAGUGCUGCCGAGGCCAAGCAGCAGACGAUGAAUCUUGGAGGAAUUCCCAUCUCGCCCCUCCGUAGCUUCCACAAACCGGCCGAACCCUCCGGCUCCGGAGCAGCACUGGACGUUCCCACACCGUGCUGCUGCUUGCCAGGACCCUCCACGUGCACUAAAAGCACCCGAACGCUGCCGCUGGCAUCCGAGGUGAUGCACCGGGGCGUGCCCCAAGCUGCAGCCCCCUCGCUGCCCUCUCACUACCGCAGCUCUCGGGAGCUCUCCAAGUUGUGGCCCGCAGGAGAAGUCCCUGCAGCAGCCCGGAGGCCCUGCGCGGCGCUGGCCGGUGGCCGUGUGCUGCCUCGCUCUGUCGGUGCUGGGUGAGCCCCCCCAGUGCGCAUCCAACGGCCGCGAUUCCCACGUGCAUCUCUGGAAGGCGAUGGGCACUGCAGGACCUUUGCUCUGCUCAGUUGUCUGUAUAUUUUGAGCCCUAUUAAACGAUCCAUUUGACC